CCUCCUCCCAUUCCCAUACUCGGACGUGACUCGCUGACGCGACAUCACUGCUGGCGGCCGUCUAGACCAAGCGAGCAAGACCUGUCUGUGCUCUGUAGUGGCGUUUCUGGGGUAAUACCUAGUGGCACGACUCUCACGUCGCGUACAUCAAGCUUGUCUUUGUGCCCUCUCAGGUAUCUUGUACCUAGGAGACCGCAGACAUGACCGACUACGCGCAGUACCAGCAACCGCACCAUGGCCAUGCGCCAGCACACCUCCAGAACUACGGCGGGGCACCACAGAAUCCUUCGGGCAACGCGUCAAUAACAUCGCCAAACCAACAGACGCAGAUGCACCCCCAGUACCAACAAACCUCACCAAUACUUCCAUCGCAGGGCUACAAUCAAGGUGGCCCUCCGAAUGCGCAACACCAAGCCCACCAGCAGAUGGGCUACCCCCAGAAUUAUGGCGUUCCUCCCGGGAUGCAUCAGCAGUAUGGGAUAUCACCGACACAAGCAGCAGCAAUGGCAACUGCGGCUGCUGUAGGUCCGGACUAUUACAAUCAAGCAGGCCUUGGGGGCCAGCUUGCACAAGAUCCACGCGCGUCGCCGCGGAUGGCUGGGACUCAGAUCAAGACGGACGGCCGUGUUGCUCCGCGAUCGCCAACCUCAGCCUCAGGCGCCAUGAGCGUCGGUGGUAUGCCAUCUCAAGUACAGAUGCCUCCAGGCCAGGCAAUACCGCAGCGGAGGAUGAGCACUCAAAUCACCAGCCCGGCCAUGCAGCAUCCGCAGCCCGUCAUGAACCACGCCGCAAGACCCUCCGUGCCACCCAUGUCACAAGCUCCGGCCCAACAUCAACAAUCACCGGAGCUCGUGGCCGGCGCUGCGGAAGAGGCUCCGCUCUACGUCAAUGCGAAACAAUUCCAUCGCAUCCUUAAGCGACGCUUGGCCCGUCAGAAGCUCGAGGACGCCCUCCGCUUGACGUCGAAAGGACGAAAACCAUACCUCCACGAGUCACGCCACAAUCAUGCGAUGCGGCGACCGCGUGGUCCUGGUGGCCGCUUCUUGACUGCCGAUGAAGUUGCAGCCAUGGAUGCUGCCGCUAAGGGUGUCGGAGGCGAGGCCGACGACGGCGGUGACAAGGAAAACCUAAACACCCCCGCCAAAGCCACACAGGCCCAAGUAAGCUCCGGCUCCAAGCGGAAAGCUGCACCUUCAAAGAGCACACCAUCUGCGAAGAAAGUCAAGACUGGCCUACCGGUGCAACGGCCCAGCACGAGCGAGGAUAGUGAAGAGGACGACGACGACGAUGCCGACGACGACGGCUGAGCGUCGAUAGCCCCAAUCAUUUUUAAACUGGUUUUGAAGAACUUCGGAGGCACCCUAUCUUUUAAUCCCUGGUUUUUUUCCUUUCUUCGAAUCUGCUCUCUUGAUGAUUUACGAAGCAAGCGACUCCUUUUUUGUGAUUUUUAUGGAACCUUUACUUGUUUCGAGUCGAGGCAUCUCUCUGCACUGCACCCAAGAAAUUGAAAUUGCGUGGUGGUAUGGAACAUAGGAAAUGGGAAAUGGCAUCACGGGGCAAGGCAGGGCG